ACGACCAGCGCGCAGAAACCUACACAACACUGAAUAAAGUGCUGGCCGUGUGGAGGAAGGAGCGUACUGACGACGGGCAGGCCAUGGAGAGCCUAGUGCAUUACAGUAAUCCCUCCCAUGCCCUCUCAGUGUUAGGGCUUCUCAAUGAGCAGCGCCUGCGGGGACAGAUGUGUGAUGUAGUCCUGGUUGUGGGAGACCAGAGGUACCAGGCCCAUAAGAGUGUUUUGGCCUCCAGCAGUGAAUAUUUCCAAUCCCUGUUCACUCGAAUGGACGCAGAUUCGCUUAAAGUUGUGAACCUGGACUUCUGUGAGCCCGAUGCCUUUGAGAUAGUUCUGAAUUACAUUUACUCCUCUUCACUCUUUGUGGACAAAGGCAGUCUGGCAGCCAUUCAAGAACUGGGCUACAGCCUUGGAAUCCCUUUCCUCACCAACAUUGUAUCAACAAGGCCACAUGCAUCCUACUGUGUGUCUCGAAAAAGGCUUUCGUUCACAGAAGGGGACGAGAAUGAUGUCCAGACAAGGAGCGUCAUUGUGUGUCGGGUCCGGAAUGACACAACCCAUCCCUCCCGCUCAAAUUAUCAGAGUAAAACAUCAGAGAGAUCAUCGUCUCUCCACUCUGGCCGUGAGUUAGCACAGCCUCCAUCGGAACACAACUCCUUUGAACCGGUCAGGAACUCUGAAUCUAUUACCAGGAAAUCAUCUGAACGGUGUGACGAUUCUGAAAGGAAGUCCACCUAUCCAUACACCUCCAUAUUAAAAGGGAAUUCAUCACACAUCUCAUCUGUUAGACCCCAGCUGACGUCAUCUGUGUCUUUCAGUGAUGCUGAAGUGCAGCACAUCAGGCUGCCAUCUGGCACUGACCAGGACACUAAAGAGGAGAAUGAGGAGCCCCACCGUAAUACCAAAGUGCCCUUUGAGGGUCAGGCCUGUGAGCCAAGCCAGACCAUUGACAGGAGCGGGCCGCUCAUAAAAAGCCUACUACGAAGAUCAUUAUCCAUGGACAGCCCUGUUCCAGUCUUCUCACCCACUCUGGAGCUCAAGGAGCUGCAAAAUCGUGAGCAGUCUGUUGUUAAAAUGGUAUCAAAAGCAUGUGGGCCAGAAACAUCUGCUCACAAUGGCAACACAAAAAGAACAUCUCCUCUGGUUCUCAGGUCAAAGUACCCCAGCAGGUAUUAUGAAGAAACUCAGGUCGAUAGAGAGGUUAGUGUGAAAGCUGAGCCCAGCAGUCCACUCGCUGACCCCAUGGAUAUUAUUCGAAUCACAGUUGGAGAUGCUUUGCCAGUCAACCUUAAAGACUUGCAAACAAAUUAUGACCAAGGUUCAAGGCCAGACUUCAAUCCUCUUGGGAAACGGAAGGACAGGCCAGACAACAGAAGGUACCCGUUCAAGAAGAGCAAAAUAUUUAAAGAACAUGCCCUCUCGCUUGAUGAGAACAUGUCAGAAACUGUACCUCAGAAGAUGUCAGAAACUGUACCUCAGAGUGCCAGCAGUGACUCUAAUGAGAACAACGAGGAGCCGCCUCAGAACAAGAUAUUCAAAUGCUGGAAUUGUUUAAAGGUUUUCAGGUCCAGUGCUGGACUACAUCGUCAUGUAAAUAUGUAUCACAACCCUGAAAAGCCGUAUGCUUGUGACAUUUGCCACAAACGCUUCCAUACCAACUUUAAAGUGUGGACACACUGCCAAACACAGCACGGUGUGGUACAAAACCCAGCCUCAUCCUCCAGCUCCUCUGUGCUGGAUGAAAAAUUUCAAAAGAAGUUGAUAGAUAUUGUGCGAGAGAGAGAAAUAAAGAAAGCUUUGCUUUGGAAGCUAAAGAGAAAUAAACAAGGAUUACAAUCUCCUGCACAUACCAAAAAGCGAUCAAGGCCCAGCUUCAUAUGUCCUUACUGUGGGAAAGUAUUUGUGUUCCAGUCUCAGUACAGACAGCAUUUAAGGACACAUCCUGCUGAAAAACCUGAGGAGGACACACCAAGAGAGAGUGUCCUCUACCAGGAAGAGGAUGAGAUCAUUCAUGAGAAGAACACAGACACUGGUGUUUACAAUUGUCGGCUUUGUAAUAUGAAGCUGUCUUCAAUCUUUGAACAGGGUGAUCAUGAGAGGGGCUGUCGUCAUGCAACUGUGUGUCCUUACUGUGGCCUCCGAUUCUCUAAUCCAACAGUCAAGAAGGACCAUGAGGCACAUUGUAAGUACAAGAAACUGACGUGCCUAGAAUGCAUGCGGACCUUCAAGUCCUCCUUCAGCAUAUGGCGCCACCAGGUGGAGGUCCACAACCAAAACAUGAUGACUGCUAAAGACCAGAUGCAUCUGAGGGAACAGGAGAACAAUGACGAGGAGUCUGAAAUGCUCAGGGAGGAGCAUUUCAGUGACGAGCCUCUAGCAACUGGGAGCUCAAGAGAGAAGAUUACUUACAGUGACUCCUCAGGUCCACCUAUGUUCGAUUCAGAAGACUCCUCAUCCUAUGUGCCUGAGGACCUGAGCAUGGGCCAUCAUGGCAAGCUGGUGGUGAAGGAGGAGCCAUUAGAGGAGGCUGUGAGUGAGAUGGAAAAUGAAGAGUCUGCCAAAUUUGGGCUGGAGGAACCCGGUGUGUGGCCAUGCGAGAAAUGCGGAAAUCUUUUCAGCUCUCGCAAAGACCUGGAGCGACACCAGGAGCUGCUAUGCCACAUCAAACCAUUCAUCUGUCACAUCUGCAACAAAGCCUUCAGGACCAACUUCCGCCUUUGGAGCCACUUCCAGUCCCACAUGUCUACUGCUGGCGAACCCGGAGCCAAAGAGAUCGACAGACACCCCUCGCCUCUGUCCCCCUCCCCUCCCAUGACCCCUCAGAGCUCCGAACGUCCCUCCCCGCAGGCCUCCGUGCUCAAAUCCACCCAGACGGCACCGAUCGCUGCAACAAUAGCCGAGGAGUCCAGCAGCUCGGAGCCCGGUAGCUCAUCAGUAAACACGACAAAGAGGCCCGAGCUGGAACGGCAAACCAGCGGCCACAGCCCCCUGUCGAGGUCAAACAGCAUGGAGAAUUCAAGCGGUCCUCAGGAAUCAGACACACUCUUUUACCAUGCCCCAUCACUCUCUGCCCUGACGUUUAAGCGGCAGUACAUGUGCAAACUCUGCCACAGAACCUUCAAGACGGCAUUCAGUCUCUGGAGCCAUGAGCAGAGUCACAGCCACAUGUGAUCAUCAGACAAGUGAUAGUAGUGCAUUUCGCUCAAAAGACAAUACUUAAUAUUAGAAUAAAACACCUCAGCCUACAAAAAGGAAGAUUUUGAAUGUAUAGCUUAUUUGCUUGCCUCCAAUGUCAUAUAUUAAAGUGGCCAUGAUCAUUAGAGGUGUAAACGUGAAUGUGCAAUCAAGUGCUAGAUUCCUCUGUGAGACGAGAUGAUUAUAAAUGGUUUAUUUUCCUUAUAAAACUAUCUAUAACCUAUCUAUUUUGAACCUAUUUUAGUUGUCUAUAUGUAUUUGCCUAUUUAGGUGUUCAUGAGAAAACAAGGUAUAGAGUUGCACCCUUCUUUAC